AUGAACCGAGGCAGUGGAGAUUUUGUGACUAUUCGAUGCAGUGAUGGCAAUAUUCGUGCGCGAAGAUCUGCUUUACAACCUUACAGAGCUUUAUAUGAAGCGCGAAGUUCAUUUUCUGGUGGUCUUAAUGAAAUAAGAUUGCCCCAUUUUCCGACCAGCGUAGCCAGCCAAAUAGUUUCUUGGGCAGAAAGGCAUAUGAAUGAUCCUGGCCGAUCUUCAUUUGAACCAACUCAACAAGUUGACGUUACAUUGACUCCUGAAGAUUCAAACCAAUUAUCGAGUCUCGAUAUCAAUACGCUUCUUCGAGUUAUCCAGGCAUCCGAUGAAUACAUUGUUCUAGAUUUACUUUCCGGUGCAUGUAAAACAGUAGCAGAAAUUUUUGAAAAUACAGAUCCCAUGGUCCUAAGAAGAGAACUUUUCGGCGGCGAAAGUGGUUUCUCUGAAGAAGAAGAGGAAAGAUUGCGCCGCGAAACUGAAUGGAUGGAAGAACUAUAAUGUUAUUUUUUAAGUUUACUCAA